AUGUUUGGUGGUCAUGGUGCUGAUGGCCAUUCAUGUAUCAAUGAUGAAUUGGCCGAAGGAAACAAAGAUGCCCAAUCAGUAGACAUGGAGAAAUGGGUUAGAGAAACUCAAAUUGCCCAAUUGGAAGCUCAAUACCUUGAAUAUUUGGGAUUGAUCGAUAAUCUCAAGGGUGUUGCCGCUGAUUUGGCUGCCAAAAUUCCACAUUUAACCCUUGCUGAAGGUAAAGCUUUUGGUUAUGGUAUCAUUGCUGGUUUUGAAUCAAGAAUUAAUCCAAAGAAUGCUCAUUUCUGUAUUAGUGAAAUCAACAAGACCAUUGAUAUUCUUCCAAACUUGGUACAAGCAUUCCCAACAGGUGACAUUGCCCAUAUUGUUCAAGAGUUUACCAAGCAAUUCACCGUUCUUUUGCAUUCAGUUACCUCUUCUAUUCCACAUUGCAGUCUUGAUUUCCUUGCUGAAGGUUUCACUAAAGCUUCUCAUGAACUCCUUGCUGCCAUUAAAGCUGGAAGAUUGAUCCCAUAUCUUAAAUCUCAAGGUGUAAAGUUAGUUUUCAAGGUAUCAUCUCUUGUUGCUGAUCUCAAUGGUAUCAAGUCUUCCCUCGUCAAGGGUGAUUGGGGUAUGGCGGGAACCAAACUUGGUGAUGCUCUUGGUAUUGUUGCCACUGCUUUCCUUAAUUAA